AUGGAAGCUACUACUCAUAGCCGUCGUCAUGGCUUCAUCAUAUUAGUUCUUGUUCUGUUUCUUUCCUCUUUGUAUUGUUCAGCUACAAAAAUGGACUUUGGGAGUUCUUUUCCUACGUUGGGAAAUGACCAGAUUCCAGUUUGUCGUCACCAAAACAGGUCUAGGGCCCCUGUAUUGAUAUUUGAUUGCAAAGAGAAAGGAUAUGUUUUCACAAAGAUCAAUUUCGCCGACUACGGCCAUGCAAGUGGUGAUUGUGGUAACUUUAAACGCGGCGAUUGCGGCGCACCGGCUACCUUGAGGCUCGUCAAAAAGGUUUAA